AAGAGAAAAGGUUUAUUUGCAAGCAACCAUGAGCUUCCCACUGGUCGCUCCAAUGUUUCCUGCGGGGAGGGAACCCCUUCCUCCAGGAAUGACAGAGGACGACCGUGCUCAGUUACUCGAAACCAAAAAGUACCAAGGGUGGAUGACCAUGGGCAUGGAAUCUUGUGCGGCAAAGACGGUUAUUGCUGGUGUCGGCGGUCUCGGAAUUGGCGCAUUCUUCUCUCUUAUGUCCUCAUCGUUUGCGUACGAGGAUCCUUUGCUACGGCAAUCCACGCAAGCUGGCAUGAACAACACUCAGAAGGCCCGUGAAAUCUUCAAGGAAAUGGGUAGAGGGAUGUGGAAAAGCGGAAAGGGCUUUGGAAAAGUUGGAGCAUUGUUUGCCGGAAUAGAAUGUGUGAUUGAAGGCUACCGAGCGAAGAAUGACAUGGUAAAUCCGAUUGCUGCAGGCUUCGUUGCCGGAGGUGUACUUGCGCGAAAUUCGGGACCUAAAGCUGCUCUUGGUGGUGGAUUGGCAUUUGCUGCAUUCUCUGCAGCCAUAGAUUUGUUCUUACGGAGGGAACCGUCAGACGACGACUGAGUCGUUAUACAUAUUAUGACAUUAGAUCAUUAUUCCUUGCAUUUGGAAUUAAUAUUAAUAUGCGAUUCCAUGCGUGAAGCUUGUCAGUAGGAUCUAGAUUAUGUAUGUGAUUGCGUCAUCCAUCGUUCCCUUGUUUCCUUGUUGAUGCGGACGGGUACACAGAAUGUAUAUAGAUCACG